AUGGCGAUGAACGCGAACAGUAUCGUCGAAUACAAAUGCUCAGCGUGGAUUUGGGAUCUGCUCUCCACCACGGAGACGGACGAUAUCAAGGCAUUCCUGCAGACCGCUACCAAGCGAAUCAACCUCGACCGCACACAGCUCUCCCGAGGUUUGCCACUCGCUGCGAGGCGUUCGAUUACCCUGCUAGUGGCCCUGUCGACUCUCCUACCUGCCAUUCCUGGGCAAUGGCCCGUCUUGCAACUUCAGCUCGCCUACAGUCGUGCCUAUGACUUGCUCCCGGAAGACAUCAAAGCGGGCCGCGGGGGAGACGGCGCUCGUCGGUUCGUUGCGCGCGUGACUGAGCAAUGCGGCAAGCGCUCAUACACGUAA